AUGCCGACAAGUUCAAAAACAAAGCGACGAAUUAUUGGGUAUAGGGUUUGGUCACUCGUUAUGGUCCGCAAACCAGUUGCCAGCGCAAGAGGUUAACUGGAUCAUAUUUGGCGGCUCAUAUUUUCUCAGUUUUGAGUAUAUUAAAAUGUACCCCAAAAGACAAAACAAAUAAUAAAUUUAUUACUUGUUAAUAAUUUCUAUCCAGUGAUCGACAUAUCGACGAGUUGGAAAAGAAAGCGACGAAUCAUUGUAUAUGGCUUGGUCACUCGUUAUGGUCCGCAAACCAGUUGCCAGCGCAACGUGUGA